AUGGCUGAUCGUGGAGUGGAAGAGAAGGAGUUACCUGUGAGGAGCAAAUUGGACCUUGAUGAAUAUAUUUUACUGGCCAAAGAUAUAUCAAAAAUUAUACCAGAGGCAGAUUUGAGAACCCUUACUCAAGGCCCCUUGAAACGCCUGCUACUAGAGACUGGAAGCUAUGAAAAAUCUCUUUCUCUAUGGAGAUGUCUCUUUCGUACGCUGGAGGACACAACACUCCCUAUACCCCACCAAGCUUCAGUAUGCAAUGCUAUCUGUGCAUUUCUAGAGGCUGCUCUAACAGCAGAAGGCUCCGAAGUCUGUCAAUUCGCUCAAUCUGAAGUAACUUGGCUUGCUGUAUUCGAGAUAUACCUCGAUCGGUUCGAGUAUAGCCCACCAAAGCCUAUGAAGCAGCUACUAGCCACUCUCACAAAUAUCCUAGCCACACGUUGCGACCCAGAUACUGCAGGCUCAAUCCGCUCUUAUUUGAUUGAAUCUGUGGUGAAAACCAUUUUACUAGCUGAACCCUUGGCCAGGCUAAAGGCAUCUGUGGUUUCCCUUCACUUUCUAAUUCGAAAGGAUGCUUUCCCUGUGGUGGAUCUAAUCGCCCACUUACAGAAAUGGCUUCAAGACAAUGUCAACAGUUGGACACCGGUUAUAGGUGAACAUGCAAAUAAUAUUGGCCUGGACAUAUCUACGUUUACCAGUGGCGGGCAUUCAGCGUCCGCGGCCGAGCAGAGUAUGAUAACUGCGCAACUGUUUUGCCUAGUUCUCUUGCUACAUCUUCAAAAUGCGAAUGUAGUGACUUCGUCCGGUGCCCUCCUAUCUCAGCUAUGUUUUAAACUGAAAAAAGAGUCUGAAGAUGGCCGGUUCCAGUAUUCUGCGUCAGAAAAUGGCGCGCCGUUCUGGGCUGCACCCCUCAAGUACUUAUCGCUCCGGAACCUCGACAACCUCGAUGCAACUAUAAGCCUUGCGUUUCAUUUACUAUUCAGGGGACGCCCGGCUGAGUUUUCAUCUUUCCUUCAUGUUCUACCUCUAGAGGAUCUAAUAUCAGAAAACUACAGCAAUACUGGUACUGCUGAGUUUGCACUUCUAAUUGCUGUACUUGAAACAGGAAAGGAGCUGGGGUUAGUGCAUGAAGACCAACCUCCAAACCUUUCUUCUUCCGACAAACAUCUGGUCCUUGAAAGCCAAAAACUAAGGCUCCUUUUAAUACAUUCAAAUGCUAAAAUCAGAGUGCGGGUUUUAUCAUUGUUUGUAUCUGCACCAUCUACUACCAAACCUUUUUCCUCCGAUGCUUUAACUAUACUUAAAGAAAUGUUCCCUUUUAUCCACGCUGAGGCAGAUGCUCACGUCCGAAGUGAGCUUGUUAGCCUAAUUCGGAAACUUACUGUUCGGCUCAGGGGCGGUUCACCCCCCUGUCAUCCAGCCUCAGGAGCGAAUGAGACAGAACAGAGCGCUCCAUAUCUUGAUGCACAAUCGUUUGUAUCUUGGUAUAUAGAUUUCUUACAAUCUGAGCUUAGACCCAACGCCUCUUAUCAAACACACAUUCUUGCAUUGAAGGCUUUAGCAACAAUUAUUCAAUCCGGCCUUGACCCCAGGAUUGAUCCCACGAAGCUCUCGAAAAUUGGCAGUGAUCAGAGAAAUUGGCCAUUUUCCAGGGACAUCUUUACACCUAGCCUUUUCAGGGCUCUAGGAGAUUUAUUAACCAAUCCUUAUGAGGAAAUCCGAAUGACCUCUCUUAUAAUACUUGGAUUAUUCCCUAUAUCAUUGAUCAAGCCCCAAGCUACAGCGAGCACUAACUCUGGUAUCAAUGGCGGAACAGCUCGUCAGCCUUAUAAUCAACUAUUGAACGCCCUGACAAGGGCGGAGGAGAUGGCAGGCCAAACGAGCAGAGCUGACCAUGCCGACGGCGUGGCUCGCAUCUACCAUUUCCUAUUUGACCUGGCUGGCACCGGGCGUAGCCUGGAGAAGCAAAUACGACUUUAUGACUAUAAGUACGAUAUAGUGGAUUCGAUACUCACAAAACUAGAAAAAAUGGCCUCAUUAUCAGAUGUAACGGCAUUGCGUAAUACCCCUAUCCAUGGUCAUCUAUCUGCACUAAGAUAUAUAAUGGCAACCUCUAACUUCCAUUUACUCAUAUCAUCUGAAAAUGACUCCGAACCGGCCUGGAGACAAGUAUUGAACCGGACUCUCCGUCUCUGCGAAACAAUGUGGUCAGACGUUCAGGCAGUGCUGUGUGUUGAUUCCCCGGAAAGGGAGCAUGGUAAUUCCUCCGUCGAUCUACUAGGCCCUAAGGACAUUCUAUCGUGCUGUUGGCGUGCUCUUCGUGAAUCCAGCUUACUUCUGAAUGCUAUCCUAUCAAACACUACAUAUGCUCCUUCAGGAACUCAGGAGGGUUUAAAUUAUGACGAGUUAGCGAGAAUCGGUAGUCUCACGUUUUCUCAGCUGGCAGAACUACGACAUCGUGGUGCAUUCAGCGCGGUUUCCCAAACAUUUGUCUCCUGUUGCCAGAGAUGUAGUCUCUCAAAGGACAAAGCUGUUGCAGGUCUUCCUCAAACUUGGUUUAAAGAAAUAUUGAGCACUAUUCAUGGUCAAUCGGCCAAGCUUACCCGUCGGUCAGCUGGUCUUCCUGCAUUAGCCCUUGGUGUAGCAUCGUCUGCAAAGCGGCCGUUCUUCCAUGAGAUCAUGGAAAAUCUUCAGGUCAUUGCCAAGAUUCCGCCCACUUCUGUCUCGGAGCAAGUGGACGUGAGGCUUCCACAGGUACAUGCUAUGAAUUGCUUAAAGGACAUAUUCACCGCGACAAAUCUAGCUACAGUGACAGAAGAGUACUUAAUGCCGGCACUAAGUAUUUCUGCGGACUGUCUAGGCUCUGAAAUCUGGGCAAUUCGUAACUGUGGUUUGAUGCUAUUUCGAUCCUUGGUUCAACGAAUGUGUCGACGAACGAACGGAGUUAACCUGGGGUUUGGUGUCCCCUCUGAAUCUGAACCAAAGCAACUGAUCCCCUUCCAGAGGUUUCCUGGCUUGAUUCCGCUACUCACAGGUCUUCUUGAAAAAGGGGCAGCUAAGGGCUCCUCUGACAAUACCUUGUCAGAGCAGCUAUCGAUUACCACGGAACGGGUAUUCCCUGCCCUAGAACUGAUUGGAAACAAGUUUCCUUCUCCUGCUUCAAGCGAAGAUGAGCAUAUUCUAGAAUCAAUUUCGUGGCAGUUCGACAGUCCUGUAUGGGGUAUACGUGAUCACGCCGCUAGGACAUAUGCUACUCUCGUUGACAGGGACGAUAUACUUUCUGCUGUAUUAAAGUUAUCACAGGUAUCAGUACAGGGUCAGAACCAGCUACACGGAAUGGGUCUCUGUAUUAAAUACCUUCUUCGACGAAUAUGGGCUGCUCCAGUGGCUUACUAUCAGUCAUUACUUCCCGCCGUCAUUUCUACCACUGAUACGAUGUUCACCAACUUAGGACAGCGGGUGUCGUCUCCUUUUACCCUCAGGGAAUUGGUUGAGAUCCUCAACGACCUCUUGCAGAGUGGAAUAGCAAAAGGAACCGAAAAUACUAUUAUUGAACAUUUCGAUGCUACCUCAACGGUCUUGCAUCUGAACAAGGUCUAUGCAAGCAUCAUGUCUAACGCUAAAUCAAACACCUUAGUUGGGCAAUCGUCAUCCCUUCUCCUAGAGAGUAUCACUUUUAGCUAUUUAAUGAUGGGAGUGCUUCUCAGAUCAUCGAUCGAUGAGUUGGCCCAGUUUAUCCAAACAGUCUCAAGUGUUGAUAUUGACGUUGGCGCAUCGAUAUUGGAACGUUUCCAUACAGCUUACUUCGGUCACUUGAGCUCUCGCAGUGACCGACUAAAACUGUAUUGUCGCAUUGUCUCAGAAUCUCCUUCGAAGGAUGCUAGGCUGGUUGCAAUAUCUAAUCUUUCCGAUGAACUUGAAGCAAUCCAGGAUAGCGCAGAAGAAAGUCACCAGACAUUUAGCGAACUAGACUUCCUUAUACCAUGGUCCUCUGCGUUGCCCAUUUCAGAAACUCCUGGAGAGCCUCUCUGGGGUCGUGAAAUGGCUGAUACCACCAUCCGCCUUCAAGGAUGUUUGCUUUCAUUAAAUAUUAGGCGAUAUCCCAACAUCCUCAACUCCGACUCUGCUGUUGCAAAACGCUUCAAUAAGCUUAUCAAGCAGUUAUCAGCCUCAAUGCGAGACGAGACAGUUUUUACGACGAGACUUGCGGCUGUAACCUCUUUAAAUUCCCUGGUUACUGGCCUUCGAGCUGCUAAAAUGCUAUUUACCGCAACACCAAUACUGAUUGAUGCCAUGUUUGUGCUGUACGAUAUGCUCAACGAUGACGAUGUUGAAAUCAGAGAGGCAGCUACUCUUAUAUCAUCCCAAGUCCUCAUGGGUGAUUCAACAAUCUUCCGACUCCCUGCUGCUGCUGCCUCCGCCGUUGCAAGUUCGCUGACAAGCCAAUACCCUGGGUCCUGUCAAGUAUUUGAAGGCGCUCUUCAGCGCUUCCUUGGAGCAUCCGACCAAAAGCGAUUAUUUGUCCCUGUGGCUGAGACACUGAACAGGGCUAUGAAAGAAUCAACAGCGUUGUUCGCGGAAGAGAAGCAAAAUCUCUACGUCGAUGAGGUUAGAGAGAUCAAAUUAUGGAGUCAGCACCUCACCCUACUUGAAAAUACCGCCAUUAAUAAUCAUCUAUAUCAGCCGUUUGGUACAUGGGUUAUGGAAGGACUGGGUUAUCUAAACCAACAAGUGGCAGAUCAAGCCAAAGACUCUAUACUGGGCUGGACAUCAAAUAUAGAUAUCUUUGUGACUGGUAUUCGCGUUCUUUAUGGAGCAAAAAUGCUUUUACUCACAAAUAUACCAGGUUCCAUUCAGAUCAACACUACAGAACUGAACAACAAGCUCCAGGCCCUUUAUGCCUGCACAUGUUCCUCAGAGUUGCAUCCUGCCUGGGUUUCUCUUCUACAGAGCCUGCUCGCAGAAUUCAGGACAAAUGCAUCCUAG